AUGCUCUGGCGAGCCUCACAAAAUGAUUACCGUUUUGUGCCCAGCCCUUGGAAUAUUCAGGAUACCGUGCACGCAACCAGGAUCAUGGCUAAGAACGUCUUCUUGAUCGGACCCGGCUAUAUCGGCCUGACAGUACUAGACAACCUCCUCAAAGAUGGCUACAAUGUUACAGCGCUCGUUCGACGUCAGAGUGCGGCCGAUGAGCUGACCAAAAUGGGAGUCAAGACUGUGAUGGGACAACUGCACGACCAUGCUGUUAUCAGCGCGCAAACUGCCCAGAGCGAUGUAAUCAUCCACACAGCAACAGCUGACGAUAUGCAAUCGGUUCAAGCUGUGAUCGAUGGCAUUCGACAAAGGGUAGCACAAGGCACAAAAACCAUAUACAUACACACUAGUGGAACGUCAUUCCUCAGCGACGACUCCAAGUCUGAGUACAGUUCCGAAACUGUGUAUCAAGAUGACAAGCCAGAAGAGCUUGACGCACUGCCAGAUUCGGCCUCACAUCGUCUCAUUGACCUGGAAAUCAUUAGAGCUCGACAGGAGUUUGGGACUCAAGCCAAACUCUUUCUCAUGCUCCCGCCUCUCAUCUAUGGAGUCGUCAAGCAGCAUCAGAAGCUUUCGAUCCAAGUGCCCACCCUGACUCGAUUUGCCCUCAAACACAAGUACGCCGGCUACGUUGGCAAAGGCAAGGCCAUUUGGUCCACAGUACAUGUCGCCGAUCUCGCUCGCGCUUACAUGCUGGUAUUGCGGUGGGCACAGACUGCGCCAGAUUCCGUGGCAACGGGAAACCCAUACUUCUUCUGCGAGAACGGGGAGGAGAUCUCAUGGGGUGAGAUUGCGGCCAUGAUUGGCCAACAGUUAGAACCAUUGGGCAAGGUCUAUGUUAGUUCGACGAAAGAGAUUCCGGAGGAAAUUCAUGGUGACUUGUUCGGCCCUUACUCUACUGUGGUCAUUGGGGCGAAUUCGCGAAGUCGCGCUCGUCGUGUCCGGGAGCUUGGAUGGACUCCCAAGGAGCUCGGGAUCCGGGAGGCAUUCGAGGUCGAGGAGCUGCCAUUGCUGUUGAGUGAAACAGGCGUGUUUAAUGGUUACGGUAAACCAGCUGCCUCGGGAGCAUCUAGCUGA